ACGGGGGUCGUGCUGAAACCACAAUCCCCUCAAGUCCAAGCGCUAAAAGCAGCGAGGACACUACGCCGCUGCAGGAGAAGCAGCUUCCGCUGCAGGGGCACGGGCAGGAGGAAGAGAGACUGCCUCUCGACGAGCACGCGACCGGUGAAAAGGCAUCAAUAUCAAACCAGCUAGCUCCAGAUGGGAACGAUAGAGGACAACAAGAAGUGGGACGAUAUCAAUCGGCUCCGGAUGAUGUUAAAGAAAAGCAAAGGGAUCAAACAGAAAUGUCCCCCGUCGUGAAGGAACAAAAGGACGUACGACCUGCAGCCGCCUCUUUUUCUUCAACUACGACUCGCGAAGAGGACGCGAUUCUGCAGCGGCUGGACUCUCUGGAGCAGAAGAUCGUUGGCCUACAGGCAGAACAUGCCGAAUUGAAACAGGAACAAAAAACUCUGCAGGAAGCACUCGCGCAUAUGAAGAUAUAUAUUGAUGAGUUCCUCAUCGGCCUGAUGGGCCGCAUUCGGUUUUGUGGUGCGGUCACUUGGAUCCUGAUAGAAUUCGCGCUGCUCUUGCUACUCGGCGACUCGCGGAAAGCCGCGAUGUUCGCUUUCCAGUUGCUGUUUACGGG